UUGAGAUUGAUAUGUUGUUCGCCUGUGAAAAAUACCAGAAGAGGGGCGGUGGUUGGCAGCGGCAGGAACGACGGGAGAUGCACCCAGGAUGCACUCGCACCCAAUUCCGGCCGAGGUGCCCGAGGCGGUCGACCUCGGCCCACCUAAUUUCCCCGCGCCGGCUGCCUAUCCUGUCCCCGGUCCGGAUUGUUUAAGGAGGAAGGUGCAUGGAGCUCGACUUGUACCACUUUCUAGAACUGAAAUUUCUUACAUUGUAUUGUGCAUGAGGUGACCCGAGAAUAAUGUCUGACGCAGCGAAGCGGCGUGUUCAAGCCAUUGGCGACCAGCUCACCGGGAGCUCCAUCCCGGCCGUCUUCAAGGUCGCACCAGCCGGGCCGCGGGUUGCCGACAAGGUGGUCAUCAUCACUGGCGCGAACUCCAUCCUGGGCAUCGGCCGGGCCUCCGCCCAUCAAUUCGCCGAGCACGGCGCCAAGGCGGUGUACAUUUGCGACUACGAUGACAGCAACCUCGAGGCGCACAAGCGCGAGAUGAACGGCCUGUGGCCCCAGGUUGAAGUGCACACCCGUCAGUUCGACGCCGCCGACGAGAAGGCGGUGAAGGGUGUGAUCGACGACGCCAUCGAGCGGUACGGCCGGCUCGACGUCUUCUUCGCCAACGCCGGCACCGUCGGACCCCACGCGCUGUUCAGCGACAUCGACGCCGACGAUUUCAUGGACGUCAUGCGUGUGAACUCCCUCAGCGUCUUCCUCGCCGCGAAACACGCCGCGCCCGCCAUGCAGCAGACCUCAACCGCCAAGCCCGCCGCGUCCGGCAGCAUCAUCGCGACGGCGUCGGUGGCGGGGCUGCGGUCCAACGCGGGCAGCACGCCGUACUCGGCAUCCAAGGCGGCGGUCGUCUCGAUGGCGCAGACGGUGUCGUACCAGCUCGCCGGCACGGGGGUGCGGAUCAACGCGCUGUGCCCGGGGCUCAUCGAGACGGGCAUGACGGCGGUCGUGUUCGACGCGGCGCGGGCGCGCGGCACCGAGGGCAAGAUCGGCCAGCUCAACCCGCUCAAGCGCGGCGGCCACGCCGACGAGAUCGCCCGCGUGGCGCUGUUCCUGGGCAGCGACGAGAGCAGCUAUGUCAAUGGCCAGGCCUGGGCCGUGGAUGGUGGGUUGAGCGCCGGGCAUCCGUAUGUCCAGGGGAGGCUGGGCUGAGGGUUGUGGGGAGCUUGAAGAUGGGGGUGGUGGGGCAUCUGGAUUGAGGUACAUAGGUAUGGUGCUUGUGUGUGUCUGUCUUGAUAUUU